AAUUUCUAGUUUUGCCCUCUUGCUGUAUGCUAUUUGAUCCACAGGAAGGCGCUGCGUUUCAAGAUGAUGAGUUUCAAAGAUGGGGUGGGAAGAUGCGUGUUUCGACAACCGUACUUAAGUCGGGUUCGCGGCGGCAUUGGUCCUUUCAGCACUUGCAGGCAGGUCUAAUAGAGGGCAUAACGUUUCCAUUCUCGUUUCUGAGAUGUCUUCUGCUUUUAUUUCGGAGCUUGUGGAUUUACAGGAUGAGGUACGGUGGACCUGGAACAGGCCAUGGGGUAUAACUCGUGUCAUCUUCGUCAUAUCUCGAUAUCUGCCUUUCGUAGGCUCUGGAUUGACUGCAUAUGCUGCACUGCGUGUCAGCGGUCCGUGUCCCCCUAGUCUGGCAGAAAACAUCAUUCAUAUUAUAGGUAUCGCUGCUGCGGAAGGCUUGCUGGUUAUUCGGACCUGGGCAUUUUGGCAAAAGAGCAGAAAAGUGCUGAUUGCAUUAAUCAUAUGUAGCGUGGUGACACUAAUUAGUGCCACUUUUUUGAAUGUCCUUCCAAAUCACCAAUUGAUUUCAGCAGAUGUGAGUGCGAUACCGGGACCGUGCGACUUCGAGUCAUCAAGAAACGCUGCGCUGGUAUAUUCUGUUUUGGGACUUUUCGAAUGCGUGAUACUGUUCCUUACUGCGUACAAGAGGUUCAGCGACUACCGGAAAAUUGACAGCUCGAUCAUAACCACCGUCUACGGCGGUAGCAUGUUUUACAUGUCGUGCAUCAUCACCAUCACGGCCACCAAUGUGAUUGUCGACGCAGUACUUCCGAUUGGCUUCACAAACGUGUUUGAUACGCUACAAAUUGUCAUUCACAGCGUCCUAGCCUCACGGAUUGUAUUCCACCUUCGAAGCACCCAUGAUUAUGUCCCCGAGACGGACACGCCAUUGCUGGUGUCAGAAGCCAUUGAAUAUGGGCGACCUUCGCAAACGCAGCCGAACGAAAGAAGGAGUAAAGGCUAUAGUGAAGUUUGAGGGCACGCGAUGGUCGUCGAAAUUGGACACACUUUUGUUAGAGCUAGCCCACUCUUUAGGCUUUUAUUGUAGCUACGAAUACGAAGUACAUGAAUAAGUUCAUGCCAUUGUCGAU